UGAUGAAGAUAGAUGGUAAACCAUGCUGAGCCGGUUCAUUGUAUUCGGUUGCAUUUUAGUCUUUGUCAAAUCUCAACAUGUUCAGUACAAAGUGACGAUAUCUUCAGAUGAUGAGUUCAACCCUGACGAUCGGGUCUCUGUUGCUAUCUAUGGGCAGGCAAAACAAACUGAUCACAAGGAAUUACAAGGAAUCUAUGACAAAUUCAAUGGACACAACGAAGCCACCUUUGUUGUAUCUGCUCAAGAUGUCGGCCCUAUAAAACAAAUGAAAAUCAAAAGAGUUCCGAAUGGUCCAAAGGAAGACUGGCAUGUSCAAAAGAUCACGAUACGCGAUCCAAAAGGGAACACUUAUGAAUUCAUGUGUAAGUGCGUUCUAUCAAAACAAAAAGGACCCGAGGUAACCACCACGCCAAUCAACAUUAUCAAAGCAGCUCAAGAAGCACCAAGUCCAACAGAAACCUCUCCUUCACCAUCAACACCAUCACCUUCCACCAACAAACCUACCGCUGGAGUAGGGUCAUCCAGUCCACCAUCUGAACAACCGACCGGCAAAAAAGAAACGACCUCGAAACCGACCAACGAGCCUACUGAAAAUCCCGGAGCUACAAAAGAAACCAGUCCAACGGCUGGCGCGACNGUCAUCACAAGAACCGACCUCCCAACUGAAAACGUCCCCUACAGUUGCUUCUAG